AUGGCCAGUGAGAGCAGUUCCGCAGUCCUGGAGCUGAAUGAUGCGGACGCCACGGACACAGAGGCCCCGAGUGUGACCGACGACACACAGGAGCCCCCACCACUCAUCAUGGAACACGGAUAUGAUAUAGCUGUUAAGGUGGAUGCUCCCAUCAAACAGUUGUCCACUUUGGAGACGUUCGUCACGUACAGGGUCCGCUGUACGUGCGCCCGGUGGGAGUCACCGCCUUACGUCAGGAGACGGUACAACCACUUUAAGUUGCUCCACAAGCGCCUCUCAUCGUCGCACCCCCUGACGGCCGUGCCCCCCCUGCCGCCCCUCCACUCGGCCCGCCAGCAGCUCGACCGCUACUCCCCGCCCUUCGUGGCGGUCAGAUGUCUGGCGCUGAACGCAUUCCUCGACCGCGUCGCCAAACACCCGAUACUCACACUCAGCGAGGACCUCAAGAUGUUCCUCACUACACCUGACGAAGAACUGGAUAAGGUGUUGAAGAGCGAUACUAGUGCUUUGAACCUGUGGGGACUGAGCUCGGCGCUGUACGGCGGCGGGGGAGGGGGAGGGAACAAACAGACCAACGGAGCGCGUGUGAAGGACCCCGAGUUCAGUUCAGCGGCGGAGUACCUGUCGUCGCUACAGGUCAAGCUGACCUCUCUGUGCUCGCUCACGGCCAGCCUGUACAAGGGGACGGUCGCGCUCAGCAACGAACUGGCCGGUAUGCGUCGCGUGUGUGACGCGUGGUCGUCGGGCGGCGGGGGCGCUGCGAACGCGGCUGCGGCGGUCAGUGCGGGGAGCGCCGCCGCCUCGGCCGCGCGCGCUCGGGCUCCGCUGCGGUACCGCGCCACGCUGCCCCUGCUAGCAGCAUACGCGGGCGCUCAGGCCGACAAGAUCCGCGCCCGGGACGCCUUACACGCGGCGCACGUGGCGGGCGCCGGGCCCGAGGUCCACAACCGGCUGGAGCAGGCCUCGGAGGCCUUGAGGGCGGACCUCGCGGACUGGCUGCCCAAGACGAGGGCCGACAUCAAGAGCGCGCUGUUGGAACUCGCAGACAGGCAACUAGGAGCGGCCGCCGCGACGCUGAGGGGCUGGGAACGAGCGCUUAGUAUGGCCGAGGAUGAUGGAGUCGUGUUUCAGACGGUAUCGCGCGCCGCACUCAGCAGCAGGCACCGCGACGAUUACAAACUAGAGGACGUUGACCUCUCCUCAUGA